AUUUUCAGUGUUUUCAUGUUGUGCUGUUGCUUGCUCAUAUCUCUCUUUGAUUUGAUGUGGCACUACUUAGCAACACUAAGGACAUACGGGUUUAUUACCUGCGUUUGACUUAUUCUGUUGCCAUUACAUUAGUGGAUCGGGUCCCGGACUUUGACAUCUCUCUCUUUCUCUUUUUUUUGUUUUCUUUCAAUCAAACUUCCGCACUCUGACCAACAUGGCAGCCUCCGGAACGGUGCGUUCUCUCUCCCAAGCCCUGAAACCCAUAGGCCUUUUGGGUGGAAGACUGGGAAAUUCAGCCAGAGUGUUCAGUGCUGCGGUCAACUAUCAUGGAGGGAAGUCGAUUUACACGGGUCCAAUUAUUCCACCCCCUGCAAAGUAUGGAGGUCGACACACUGUGACCCUCAUUCCCGGAGAUGGGAUUGGGCCCGAGCUGCUCAACCACGUGAGAGAGCUCUUCAGGUUUAGCUGCGUUCCUGUGGACUUUGAGGUGGUGAAUGUGAACUCCUCUCUUGACGCUGAGGAUGACAUCAAUAACGCCAUCACUGCCAUCCGGCGUAAUGGAGUGGCUCUUAAGGGAAACAUUGAAACCAACCACAUUAUGCCACCAUCCCAUAAAUCUAGGAAUAACCUCCUCCGCACAACUCUGGACCUCUAUGCCAAUGUAAUGCACUGCAAGUCCCUCCCAGGGGUCCAGACGCGCCACCAGAACAUAGACAUCAUCAUCAUCAGAGAGAACACAGAGGGGGAGUACAGUAGUCUUGAGCAUGAGAGUGUGUCUGGUGUUGUGGAGAGUAUGAAGAUCAUCACCAGGCACAACUCCCUGCGCAUCGCUGAAUACGCCUUCAAACUGGCCCGCGAAAAGGGUCGCCACAGGGUCACAGCUGUGCACAAGGCCAACAUUAUGAAGCUUGGUGACGGCCUCUUCCUGCAGUGCUGUAAGGAGGUGGCAUCCGGAUAUCCAGAAAUCACCUUCGACAGCAUGAUUGUGGACAACACCACUAUGCAGCUUGUUUCCAAACCUCAACAGUUUGACGUCAUGGUGAUGCCAAACCUGUACGGGAAUGUGGUCAGCAACGUGUGCGCUGGACUGGUGGGUGGCCCUGGUCUGGUGCCUGGUGCCAACUACGGCAACAACUACGCCGUCUUUGAGACCGCCACUAGGAAUACAGGCAAGAGCAUUGCUGACAGGAAUAUUGCCAACCCCACCGCCAUGCUGCUGGCCAGCUGCCUCAUGCUCGACCACCUCAAGCUUCAUGACUAUGCAAGUAUGGUCCGCCUUGCUGUCCGUAAGACCAUAAACGAGACUCGGUUGCACACUCCAGACAUUGGGGGGCAGGGCACCACCUCGGAGGUGGUCCAGUCCAUCAUGAAUCACAUCCAGAGCACUGGGCCCCUUACCAGUGAGCAUCUCUAACUGCUCGGCUUCAUGUACACCCACUCCAGGACCACCACACAGAUCAAACUACUUUAAGAAGACUUCCAUUUGAACUCAAGUAAAUGUGUUUUCACCCCAUGAGUUUCCCUUGUGACUGACCACCAACGUGUCUGUGUGUGGGUGUAUUUGAGGGAGAGAGAUUUGGUGUUCUCCAAUAACAGCAUGGUUGAACAUAAUUUUGCUCAUUUUCCCAAAACACUUCGUAUUCAGUAGCCAGCAACUCAUCUCCAAUAACACAAAAUUGCCUUUCAGUUUUCAUAUCACAUUCCAAGGUACACUUUUCAUCAUAACAAACCUUAUUCAAUAUCUUGCCCAAUUCCAUUAUUUUGUAGCUCUUAAUGGUGGUCCAAUUACACAAAGGUUUACAUUGGCUAGCGGAGGUCUAAUCUGGUGGGGCAGCUACAGUUCACUCUCAACCCCAGGACUCCCCUCCGCUGUAAAUGCUAUCGGCUUGAGACCCCAUGACCCAGUCUCCUCACCUCUGCUGCUUAUUUGUCUUCACCUCGCGGCCCUCGCUGUGGAGAUCGGUGUCGGGCCUCGCCCGCUGCUCUGCCACCCUCUGUUCCACGGGCUCGAUCCCUACCAGGGGAGCCAUCAGGACGGGAUUUCACACGAGGUGUUAUGAAAUUGUUUGUUGGUAUUUUAAGUGGCCUUUUCACCUUUCUUUUGUUCGCACUGCCUUGUGAUAUUGGUUUGUUUGCCAAUUCCGUUUGGUUUCUGCCACAUUUGUCUAAUGAACCUUUAAUCAUUUUGUUUCUUUUCAUUACUGUUACAAGUGUCCUGUUAAGUGAACAGUGCUUUAUGUGCCUGUUUUUUAUUUAUUCUUUCAAAAUCUUAAAUGUAAAAUACUUAAAAGAAAAUAACCUUAAAGCUGUCUGUUAUCCUGAAGAAGUUUCAUGUUGUAUUUUAUCUAAUAUACUAAAUACAAUGUAGCCAAAGCACGCAUGGCUGGAAUAUCAAAACUGCAGAAAUCUAAAUAAAACGUUUGUUCAUCCA